CCCGGAACAGGAAGUGUAUGCGCGUUGCUGCUGACGCUGUAGAAAAUGACGAUGGCGUCCACAGAUCAGUCUCUCUUGGACAUAACAGAUAAAGAAACCCGGGAAAAACUGUCGUUAUGGGAUCGUCGCACCGAUGCCAUGGCUCCCCUAACGGAGAAACAAAUGGACGCUGUCCUGGAGAUCCGAGCCGCAACUGAAACGCUCUCUAUCCCUUCAGAGUUGCCCAUUGAGGACUUGUGCAGUCUUUCGUCGCGGUCCUUGCAGUCCCCCUUCACAGCGACUGUGCCAGCAUCAACGGAGGACGUUCUGCUCAAGGGUUUCCAGAUGCUUGAGAUGGACAAUGACAGGAUAGAAACUGCGCAACAGUUUUUUGCCUGGUUUGCCAAAUUAGAGGCCAACAUGGACCAGGAUGAGAGCUCAAAAUACAGGAAAACCAGAGAUGAUCUAAACUGCUACCAGGAACAAUGCGAUGCUAUCCUGAAAGAUGUCAGUGCUGCUCUGGAGCACUUGAACUCCCUUCAGAAACAGUAUCUGUUUGUGUCCAAUAAGACGGGCACCCUACACGAGGCCUGUGAACAGCUCCUAAAAGAGCAGUCAGAACUUGUUGACCUGGCAGAGAGCAUACAGCAGAAGCUGUCAUAUUUUAAUGAGUUAGAAAACAUUAACACGAAACUGAACUCCUCAACCUUGUCUGUAAAUAGUGAAGGCUUUAUACCAAUGCUGUCAAAAUUGGAUGACUGCAUUGAAUAUGUUUCCUCCCAUCCCAAUUUCAAGGACUAUCCUGUGUAUUUGGCCAAGUUUAAACAAUGUCUUUCUAAAGCUAUGCACUUCAUGAAGAUCCACAUUGUAAACACGUUGAAGCAUCUCACAGGCCAGUUAACGAAAAGGGAUCCAAUGGGCUUGACCAACACAGACAAUGCCUUUACUCUUUAUUAUGUUAAGUUUAGAGCAGCGGCACCUAAAGUUAGAUCACUGAUUGAACAGAUUGAACAGCGAGCAGAGAAGAUUCCAGAAUACAGUCAACUCCUAGAUGAAAUUCAUCAGUGCUACCAUGACCAGAGAGAGCUGCUCCUCAGUCCCAGCAUUACAUCCACCAUUACUGAGCUGACCAACCAAAACAGCAAAGACCACUGCGCAUUGGUUCGCAGUGGCUGUGCUUUUAUGGUUCACGUCUGCCAGGAUGAACACCAACUUUACAAAGAGUUCUUCUCUAAACCUACACCUAUGCUAGACGAGCUGCUGGAGAACUUAUGCUUGUCCCUGUAUGAUGUCCUCCGGCCUCUAAUCAUCCACAUCAUCCAUUUGGAAACCCUGUCUGAGCUCUGCAGUAUCCUCAAGAACGAGAUGCUGGAAGACCAUGUUCAAAACAACGCUGCUCAGUUGGGGGCCUUUGAUGCAUUGGUGAAGCAAAUGCUGGAGGAUGUCCAGGAGAGGCUGGUCUACAGGACUCACAUCUACAUCAACACUGAUAUCACAGGUUACAACCCAGCUCCGGGGGAUCUGGCCUAUCCUGAGAAACUGGAGAUGAUGGAGAGAAUUGCUCAAAGCUUGAAGGAAGAGCAGAUGAAGCAGAUGUCACAAGAGUCCAUGUUUUCUGACGUUCAGCUUGAGGAUCCUGAUGGUAGAAGAAACAGUAAUGCUGGGAAUGUAGAAGCAUCACGCCUGCAGACAUCGAUCUCUCCUGCUGAUUUGCACGGCAUGUGGUACCCUACUGUCAGGCGGACACUGGUUUGUCUGUCAAAGCUCUACAGAUGUAUAGAUAGAGCAGUCUUCCAGGGUUUAUCUCAAGAAGCCUUAUCUGCCUGCAUCCAGUCCCUGCUUAAAGCUUCCGAUAUCAUCCUUAAAAACAAGACACAAAUAGAUGGACAACUUUUCCUGAUCAAGCACCUGCUGAUAGUGCGUGAACAGAUUGCUCCAUUUCACACCGAUUUUACCAUCAAGGAAAUCUCGCUGGACCUGAAGAAAACGCGAGAUGCUGCCUUCAAAAUCCUGAACCCUAAGGCUGUUCCCAAAUUCUUCCGAUUGAACAGUCACAACGCAAUACUUGAAUUCCUGUUGGAGGGAACACCAGAGAUAAAGGAGCACUACAUUGACUCUAAGAAGGAUGUGGACCGAAACCUGAAGUUCAGCUGUGAGCAGUUCAUCCAGCAGCAGACUCAGAUCUUCGUGGGGAACCUUGAGGAGUUUCUCACCAAGGUUGCAGCUCUUAAAACUAUGGCUAUCGAAGGUGGUCCCACGUACAGUCUGUCUCAGCAACCUUGGGCACAGCCGGAAAAGAUCAACGAUAUAGUGAUGGCUACCUACCGGGUGAUGAAGAGCAAGCUGCCAAGCACGUUACAGAGCAUGUCCUUGUACUUAGCCAAUAGAGACACAGAGUUCAUCCUUUUCAAGCCUGUCCGGAAUAACAUCCAGCAGGUAUUCCAAAGACUGCAUGCCUUGCUUCAGGAGGAAUACAGUGGUGAAGACCUUCAAAUCAUUGCCUGUCCAUCGAUGGAGCAGAUUAACCUAUUGCUGUCUGUGAAUAAGUAAUGUCCAAGUUUGGUCUGGCAGUGCUGGUGAAACCUUCUCUGGAUAGAAAUGGGAUGUUACAACUCUAACCAGGACCAGGAGCUGUGAGGAUUCAAGAUGACCAGAGAAGUUGCACCUGAGCUCUGAACUGCCCGCGAAAAAAAACAAAAGCCAAAGAUCCUUGAGUGAUUUAUGUUGGAGUUCAGGUAUUCAUCUUGACGUCCAUAACAAACUGGGAAUUGGGGAGUAUUGUUUUGGGUACUGAGUUGAUUUAGUUUGACUUACAUUGAAGGUGGUGGUGUUGUGGUAAGCGUUGCGUUCAUGUAGGAGAGAUCCAUUUUUUAUUAAGGGUGGAUUUGUGAUCACAGAUGCAU